AUGAAUGAUAGGGUGUUGGUAAUAGUAUAUUAUAAUUCCAACUUGUUCACAGUUGUUCAUGGCAACAAAGUUGAGAACAGAGGAAAUGCAAAUGCUGGGGGAAUUUUCUAUGCCAAAAUCAGGAUCCGUCAUCCAUCUAAUGGGCCAAACCUUGAGAGGCAUGAGGAACAUGACUCUGUUUGGAUUGGCUAUUCUAGAGAGGGUGGAAUGGAGAGAGACAGAGUGGAAGCAGAAAUUGUUCCAUUUUUUGGUUUGUAUAGAUUGGAAUGUAGCUCUCUGCUCUCUGCUCUCUGGCUUGAGAAUGAUGUUGGUGCAAAGGAGCAGACAACCCAGUCUUCAACAAUCUUUGCCCUCUUUCUCCUCAAGUAA